GGGCUUUUUUUCACAGUUGCUAUGACGCAAUGUGAUUCAUGUCUCGAUUGAAUAAAAGGAUUACUAAGCUUAAGACAAGUUUACAAACCUCUACAAACAAUACGUCAUAGGCACAGACUUCUAUAACAAAAGCGUUUCAAGCUACUCGUUUGAAAAACAAAAACGUACCGAAACACACGAGCAGAAAAAAUAAAAGGGCAGCUUAGCCAUUGUUUGUCGAAGAGAGCUGAUAUUCGGUCGCCUGUUAAUCGAAAUCACGACGACUAAGCAUUGAUGAUACAGAAAGGCACGCUGGUCGAGCGCCUGAGUGAGUGACUCUCUUGAAGCGUUGGUUGUCUGGCGAAGUCUGCCGUCAAGUCAAACAAUUCAGAGCAAAUCCAGUUGCGAACUUGAUUUGAAGUACGCCUAAGGGCCUGGAGUGAAUUUCUGCCACGUUUCGCUAAGGGGAAAAGCAAUUUUCUUGAGGCGCUCGCCUAUCUUCGAUCAAGCCUUUGGUUAAAGACGGGAAAAUAUCAAAAGAAACUUCCUUGUUCAAACUCCCCCGCAACGAUUACUUAUUUUAGCUUCGUAAACAACGUCGGUUCCAAAAUUUGUUUUCAAGUGCUCUCUAACCGACUUUCGAAUUCAUCUACAUGUGGUUGCACGAUUCAGAUCUUGAACUGUCUCAGGAAACAUGGAUCAAAGCAAACUGUGCGAUUUAAACGACGAGAUUCUGAAACGAAGGUUUUACAACUGUAUGAUGAACUCCUUUCUUCCAGACAAGAUCUCCCAAACGCCUGCGGCGCUGUUGAAUGGCUAUUUUGCUGAAAUUGUAACGAUUAAUACAACAAACUCGAAGUUUCUCCGAUCACCUCCUGUUCAUCACAGUCAUCAUCGCAAGUUCCACAAACACUCAAAGGACCAUGCGAUUUAUCAUAUCCAAGAUCAGUUCCUUGAGGACAUACCCGAGGAACAGCCUGAAGUAACCAGUAUGUUGGGAAGCUGUCCUGAUCAUCAAAAAGAGAAACUGAAGUACUUUUGUGAAACUUGCGAUGAGCCCAUUUGCUUAGACUGUACAGUCACGGAACACAGAAAACACAGAUUUUCUUAUCUACGAGACGUUUAUCAUAAGCAAAAACACAGCAUGGCCAGUCUACUAGGACAGGGAAAAACUCAAAUGGAAAACACACGAAAAUCUUUAAACGAAAUCAAAAACAUGUUGUUUAAACUUCACGAAGAACGGACGAGUAUGGAAAAAGCUAUUCAGAAGCAUACGCAGAUUUUAAUUGCGACUUUACAACAACAGGAAGAUAAAUUGUUGAAUGAACUUAACAGCGCAUUUAAAACAAAGGAAAGCUCUUUGCGGAAGGAGAAACAACAUUUUGAGUUGAUUCUUGAACGUCUGAGUGGCAGCUGUCAGUUCACUGAGGGAGCCAUAAAAAUCGGCAAUGAGUUAGAAAUUUUGGUCAUACAAAAGCACUUGAAAAGACGGCUGAAUGAGAUUUCAAACACCAGAAGAGACUACAAUACGAAGAAUUACAGGAACAUAUACUUCUUUCACGACGAAAACUCCGUCGAAACCACUCGGAAAGCUCUCGGUCAUGUGCUCGUUUCCGAUACAUGCUCAGAUUUAUCGACGGCAAAUGGUGACGGACUAUCAAAGGCUCACGUCGGCACACCAGCAGAAUUUGUAGUGAAAGCGAAAGGUUUCGACAACCAGCCGAAAACGUGCGGCGGAGAUCUCGUGACGAUCGAUGUUCGGAGUCCAAAUAAGGCAACUGUUAGGUCGGAAAUCGUCGACAGAGGCGACGGGAGCUAUGCAGUCGGCUUUACUCCGAGUCUUAACGGCGAGCACGAAGUUGGAAUCGCAAUCCAUCAUCAACCCAUCAAAGGCAGCCCAUUUAAAGUUAUGGUUACCAAUCCCCGUAUUUACAGCAACGUAACGCGUCCAACUUUAUGCAUCGGAGGCUUGGGGGAAGUUAAAGGAAAGUUCAAGCUUCCUUGCGGCGUGGCAGUCGAUAGCGAAGGGAAAAUCCUCGUGGCCGAUUGCCAUAAUAAUCGUGUGCAGAUUUUCGAUCCUCAAGGAAAGUUCCUUAAGAGUUUCGGAAACCAGGGAGAUAAAAACGGACAACUGAAUCAUCCUACAGACGUGGCUGUCGACAGACAUGGAAAUAUUAUUGUCUGUGAUAAGGACAAUCACCGCGUACAGAGAUUCACGAAGGACGGUGUCUUUAUCAACAAAUUUGGUGGUUAUGGGGAGACACAAGGCAAGUUCAAACGUCCGUGGGGAGUUUCCUUGGGCAACGAGGACGAAAUCAUCGUCACUGACCGGCGGAAUAGCAGGGUUCAAAUUUUUAAGGAGGACGGCAGCCUUUUGCGCGUACUUGGUUGCCAUGGACACGCGCAGGGACAGCUUGAUCACCCUUAUCACGCUAUUAUGGACGCUAACGGACAAAUAUUCAUCACAGACAGCAACAACCACGCUGUCAAAGUGUUUGACUCAAACGGGAACUUUGUGAGGGCGAUUGGUGCGGAGGAAAAUGGCCAAUCAAUGCUUAAGUAUCCAACGGGGAUUGCCUUCGACAUGGACAAUCACGUGAUUGUAUCUGAUCAAUACAAUCAUCGGGUUCAAGUUUUUAACGAGGAUGGAAGUUUGAAGGCAACUCUUGCCUCUGGACUCAAUGGCCUCGCCCAGAAAUGCUACCCCAAGGGUGUGGCUGUUUCUCCAGGUGGAUACAUCGUUGUUGCCGACAGUGACAAUCACCGAGUUAUUGUGCUGUGAGACUGACUUGUCGAAAGGCAAUGUUUGAAGUAUAAACUCCGGCGCUGUAUAAACACUGAAAUACUCGUAAGGAAAAAAAAAUUUUUAUUGUUGGCGGAAAUAUUUUAAUCCGUGUUUUAGAAGAGCUAGAGUUGCUUAACCAGUAUAUUUCAUUCCUAAAUGUGUUAUCUACAGUUUUGUAAGAAAUUCUUACCUGUGUCUGAAGGUUCAUUGACACAAUGACUCAAUUCAAAGACUCAAGGCUUGAAACAGCCAUAAUAUCUUACUGGCGCGAAUUACGCCGGAAAAGUCAGCAAUGCAUCGCAAACCACAGCGGCUAUAUUAACGAAAACGUGGUAAAAACAAAACAUUUUAAAUGUAGAACAAUGCCUGUGCGGGUGCUUUUUAAGUCUUGUACACGUGUAAUCUUUUCCUCGCAGGCCGGGAACAAAUUAUACCUUUUUUUUUACCUCUACAGAAAGGAAUCCCUUCGGCAAUUGUGCCUGGUUUUAUUAGGAACUUAAUACAUCCUUCACAUAUUUAACUAAGUAGAGGUCCUACGCAAUAUGCCGGUGCUAACUGUUGACUACUACUUGCAAAAUCCUUGAGGCAAAUGUAAGUUUAAAUUUCAACCGACGUUUACCAAUCGUCGUGAUUUGCUUGACAUUCCGUAUUGUUACUUUGGGUAAAGCAUGCAUACAAAUGUGUGUACAAAACAUUUAUCCACCAUAAUGACAACCGAUUUGGAAGUUCACAUAACAGCUGUGUCUCGUCUACUCUAGUCGGCCAACAGCUCCCUUGGAAAAACGGCACAAAUCGUGGGAUGCCAGGCUAUUGUUCGAAAGUAAUAAUAUCAUUCGUAAUGUUACAGGACUAUCCAUAACUAGCGUUGGAGCUAAGCUCCGUUCAAAUGAAUCAGUCAACUUAUUUCUGACAGCCGAUUCGGAGGAAUCCCAAUACAAUUAUAUUGGGAAAAUAGAGAAUAGAUUUGUAAAAUAAAUCUAUCAUUUUAGUAAUUUUUGAAAUUGACAUUUUUAUCCCGGUUUUAUGAAAAAUAACAUCAUUAUAAUCAUGGAGAGCCAUCGUACUUCAAAGACGUAACGUAUUCACCUCGAAGAGAAAAAAGUAUAUCUUAAAGGUUUAUGAUAAGUUUAUUAUAUCGAUAUAUUAUAUCUUAUAUUAUUCAGUGUCUUUUGAACAAGACUUAUAUCCCUAGAUGAUAAAAUACAAAUUCGAAUUGUUAGGAAGCUCACAAA